CUAAGGAUGAGGGCGAUAUUUACACAUUGAAUUCGUGUGAAGCUUUCUUGGAGAAAAGCCCCUUCGCGCAUUGGUUCUUUCCCUCCCUCACUUCCUUCCCGUUACAUCUUUCAUCUUCCUCUCUAUUUCAAUUUCAAUUCCCUGAUUCAAAUCUUCAACUCCAAACGUCUACUCCUCACUUCACACACCUAUGCACCGCCAAAUCUCUCACCUUUCUCGCAUUGCAAAUCCCCUAAAUUGCUAAAAAAAGAAUAACAAUUCGGGAUUUUACGGAAGUCAUCGCCACUAUGGCGAGCUCCAGUCAGGACCUGUCACGGUACUUCAAGAAAGGCGCCGAAGUCGAAAUCAGCAGCGACGACGAGGGUUUUCGCGGAUCUUGGUUUGCGGGCACCGUCGUUCGCCCUCCCAAGAGCUUUAAGAACGUUUCGGCUAAGGUGCUGGUCGAGUACAAGACUCUGAUGCAGGACGAGAAGGGGAAGCGGCCGUUGAGGGAGGAGCUGAAGCUGGUGCAGCUUCGGCCGCCCCCGCCUCGGGAGAAUCGGAGGAGCUUCAAGUCGAGCGAGGACGUGGACGCCUACUACAAUGAUGGAUGGUGGGAGGGGAUAGUGACAGAGGUGUUGAAGAACGGUGAAUAUUCGGUGUUCUUCCGCUGCAGCAGGGAGCAGUUGUCCUUCAAGGCGGCGGACCUGAGGCUGCAUCGCGAGUGGGUUCAUGGGAAGUGGGUGCCGCCAUUGGAACGGCCGUCGAAUGGCGCGGUUGGGGCUGAUGAGCCUUCAAUGCAGAAAGUGCCACCAUCUACUGAAGCAAAAGCUGAUAAUGAUAAUCUUAGAACCCAAGCACUGAAUCAUGUGGGAGCUGAUAAUGAAGUGAUUGAACAUAAUUUUAACCCUGGAGAAGUUGUUGAAGUUAGUACAGAUGAAGAAGGUUUUGAAGGUUCGUGGUUUGGAGCGACUGUAAUAGAACACUUGAGUAAAGGCAGAUACCUCAUUGAGUACCAUGAUCUAAAGGAUGAUGAUGAUGAUGAUUCGAAGUUGCUGAGAGAAGAGGUUGAUGCUAAUCAUUUGAGGCCACGCCCACCUGAUGUCGCAAUGCUUGACCGUUUUGGAGUUCGUGAACAGGUUGAUGCAUUUUAUAAUGAUGGUUGGUGGAAAGGUGUGGUCUCCAAAGUUCUUCAUAAUGACAAAUACUCGGUAUAUUUUGAGUCUACUGACGAGGAGAUGAAGUUCAAUCACUCUAAACUGAGAGUGCAUCAAGAGUGGAUUAAUAGCAAAUGGAUUGUUCCUCACAAGGUUCCGCACUUGUAAGCAAAGGCAGGCAUCCCGAAUGGUAUCUUUUACCCCUUGCUCAAAUUUUCUUUGUACAUAAAUUUUCACAAUGCUUAGAACAUUUUUGGAUCGGUAAUUUUAUGAAGUUCAGCUGGUAAAUUUUGAGUUUUGCUCUUCGAAACCAGCUAGCUGUUAUCAUGUGUGGACCAUAAUCAUGCUCAGAAUUAGGAUUGGAAUUAUGUCAUGUACAAUCAGCUGCUGAUUCUUUUUGUGACUGAGAAAAUACAUUAGGCAUUAUUGGCGCUUGCUGUAUAUUUUUUUGGGGAUUAUAUUGAUAAAUCAAAUUUAUUCAUGCGCUUACCUUCCAUUAGAUACAGGUGUUUGAUGAGAGAACUUCAUUUAUUUACAGGCUUUGGAUUGUAUAAUUGAUGCAAUUG